UUGCAUCGUAGUUGGUAGUACCAAUUUAAGUCUGUUGAAAGUGUUGUCUUUCUAAAACACCGUGCAGCACAUCUACGACAUUUUUGUUUGUUUUGAUCAGUGUCCGCAAAUAUUCACAUUCUCGCUUUUCACAUUUACGCUUGUGUGCAAUCAACAAAAUGGCGAACGCGUGCGGUACCUGUAAAGCUGAAAUCACAAAUUCAGAUUUUAUUUUGUGCAACGGGUCGUGUCGACUCCGAUUCCAUGCGAAAUGUGCAUCGUUAACAAAAACAACGCUCAACGCCAUCGUAAAUUGUUCAAACAUCUACUGGUACUGCAUCGAAUGCAACAAUGGAAAUAAACAGAUUCUAAUCUCAAUGGACACAAUGAAAGACGACAUAAACGCAAUUAAGAUUUCACUGUCACAAAACCCAUUCGAAUCUAUGAAGGACGAUAUUAACUCGACGAUGAAUUCCAUUUCUCAAAAUCUAUUGAGUGGGUUUGCGAUGUUGACUGACAAACUAGCAACGACGUUGUCUUCUGCUUCAUCGCCGUUAAAUAGAGCUGAAAGUUGCACCAAACAACAUCCGAAGAGACGUAGAGAGGAGGACACUGCUUAUUCUGAUCGUUCGCUCCUCACCAAGAAGUUCGUCACUUGUUCUAACGUCUCAGCCACUGCCUCCUUUGCUGCUGUUACGAAUUCAACGGACGCUGCUGUUGUAGCUGCAAGUACGAAAACAAUUGAUCGGCGUAGAAGCAUUGUGAUAUCCAACAUUGGUACAAAUACGCUUCCUGAACAUAUAAUUGACUACUUAUCCGGUUCGUUGUCGAUUGACAGGAGUCUUAUUCGUGUCAACUUAUUGAAACCAGCUGGUAGAAGUUUUUCUGACCUUUCAUACCUCCAGUUCAGAAUAUCGUUGCCUGAUUCGAUGUAUACAAGAGCUGUAUCUCCUAACACCUGGCCUGUCGGAGUGAAAAUUCGUGACUACGUCCACACUGAACGUAAAGGAACUGUUUCCUUGGACAAUUUUUUAGUCAAAAACGCUGGUCACAAACCCAUGGAGGAGCACACGAAACCAAUGGAUAUAAUCGACCUUACAUCAUCAGUUACGCCGAUAUUGCCCGUAGUCCCAGUGUCAUCGACGUUAUCGACAGAUCGUACCAACGAACAGCUGGAACCAUUCGAAACGUUAGCCCAAAUACCCGCUCCAGUGGCUCAAUUGAUCACAUGUACACCGGUGCCACAAUCGAUCACAUUGACACCAGCGACGCAAUCGACCACACUUCAAUCAGCGACACAAACACCAACGAUGUUAUCGCCCCUAAUUCCAAUGACGUCACAAUAGCUGGAUCUGAAGGAGACAAUAUUUUCGCCUUUGCUUCCGAAUUAGUAAAUGUGAAUAUGACGACGGUAGACUCUACCGGAUUUUUUGACGAACUAGUAAGUGACUUAGCUAGUGAAGUUGCAACCAAUAUUCCAGUUGUAGAAAGUGUUGUUAAUGAUAGAGAUUGUGUGUCGAGUCAUAAUUUGAUUGAUAAAGCUUUUGUUGUUAAGAAGUAUGUUCCGUUGUUUUAUCAGAAUGUUAGGGGACUUAGAAUGAAAACCAACGAAUUUUUCUUGUCGUCUUCUGAAUGCGCGUACGGUGCC